UCAGUGAACGCACCAUCACUGCUCACCGGCUGCAUGUGCGCACGAGACCUGCGCGCGAGAGCAACCUCAAACUCAACUAUUGACUUUUUGAUUGUUUGUUUAAUUACAUGGAGUAACUGCACAGAUUUCUCUUGCCACUCCGUUAAUCUGUAGACGAGUAAACUGGAGAAAGUUGGACACUUGAGAGGAAAUUCGCUGGAAAGAGUGAUGUGAGGUGGUGGAGGAGUAACGUUUUUGUUUUUGCGGAUUGCGGACGAACUGGAUCUUGUGAAUGAAAGCGGUUUUAAAGUUGGUGACUGGAGCGACGGCGUGAAGCAGUUUGUAGAUUAAACACAGGUUGGUUAAAUUCUUGAGGAGCUUCAGAAAAACUGGAACUGUCAGAAAACAGCUGUAGAUUUCUACAGGUGGCGUGCAGAGGGAUGUGUCCAUAAAUUUAUAAACACGAACUGCUGGGAGGUCGAGAGGUGACACGCCUCUGUAAAACACUGCUGGAAACAAAUGUUCUGCUGCCAUGCCUCCGUGGAAGGUGUGUUGUCUUCCUGUGUUGGUGUUCCGAAUGCUGCUGUUUCUCCUCCUGCAAGCUGUCAGCCUGCCCUUCACUUUGUUAAGCAGUGGUGUCGUCCUGGCUUCAUCCUCCUCCUAUCAUUACCCCACCUUCCACCGGAAUGAUACCCUAUUUGAACACUUGGCCCUGCAUCCCAACCCCAGUGUGGGUCGGGUCUACGUCGGCGCCCGAGAUCAUUUAUUCCAGUUGGAUCGAUUCCUACAACUCGAACUGCAGAAUGACACUGGUCCUGUUACAGACAGCCUUGACUGUUUACCGCCGAUAACUGAGAGCAGUUGUCCUCAGGCAAAACUCACCAGCAAUCACAACAAGCUCCUGCUGGUUGACCCGUUCUCUAUGGAGCUAAUCACAUGUGGGAGCGUCAACCAAGGAAUCUGCCAGAAACGUAGUCUGGAUUCUGUAAAUACAGUGUUUUUUUUUCCUGAAAAGCCAGUGGAUACGCAGUAUGUAGCAGCCAAUGACCCUAACAUUAGUACUGUAGGACUCGUGGUUCGCCCCUAUCCUGGCAAACAGCCACUACUGUUUGUCGGGCGGGGUUACACCAGCAGCCACCCACCUAUUUCCACACGAAACCUCGCCCAGGCACCAAUCUUUUCUUAUGAGGAGACUGCUAAAUUGGCUGUGGCAGGUCGUCUUUCAGAAUACGACCAUCAUUUUGUGGCCUCAUUUGCCCACCGCCAACAUGUGUACUUUCUCUUCUAUAGACGGGACCUAAAAUCGCAGUCACGUGAGUACCGUACCUAUGUCUCUCGUGUUUGUUUGGACGACCAAGCCUACUACUCCUACGUAGAAGUGCCAUUAAAUUGCCAUUCCCGGGCAGGAAAAAUAUACAAUCUCCUACAAGCUGUACAACUUGGGCUAUUAAAAGAUGGCGCUGUGACUGAAGGCUCAGAGAUUCUUCUCGGUGUCUUCGCCACUCCUUUGGCUUCAUCUAGUCGGCCCAGUGAGGACUCCGCUCUCUGCAUAUUCAACCUUGAAGAUGUGGAUCUCAGGAUUAACUCCACCAGAGACCUGUGCUACACGAAGAUGGGCACAAACGCGGGAAGGGAAGCAGCUUAUAUUGAAUAUGAAGUUAAAUCCAUCUGUGCCACCCUGCCAGUGAACACUUUGGACGCUUACCCCUGUGGUUCUGACCACACCCCCAGCCCUAUGGCCAGCAAAAUAGCUGUGGAUGCAGAGACCAUAUUGGACAGCCCAUCCGCCCGUCUCACUGCUGUGGCCGUUAGCGUGAGGGUGGGACAUACCAUUGCCUUCUUAGGAGACUCCAGGGGAAACCUGCACAAGGUGUUUUUGGGUCCAAGCGGCGAGGUGGAGGAGUACUCUGUGAUCACCAUUCAAAGAAAUGCUGCCAUCAGCUCAGACCUGAUCCUGGACCAGGAUGAAGCACAUAUCUUCAUCAUGACCCCGAACAUGCUGCAAAAGAUGCCAGUGGCUGAAUGCCAGCAGCACCCAGACUGCCACUCCUGUCUGCUGGCCCACGACCCCUACUGUGGCUGGUGUGUCCUUGAGGGAAGGUGUGCGCUGCGUUCAGAGUGUGCUCGUGGGGCCCAACUAGGCCAGUGGCUGUGGAGCUUUGACAUGGAGCAGCAGUGUCUGACCAUCCAGGACCUCAAUCCCUCCAACAUCAGCAGGGAAGAAAGCAGGACAGUCGCACUCUCAGUACCAGGACUUCCAGCAUUAGAGAAGGGAGAGUUCUACUCCUGUUACUUUCAGGACAGCCACAGUCCUGCUACUGUCACAGAAACUGGGGUCAGCUGCCAUUCGCCCGACACCAGCCAGGUGCCCAUGGUGCCUCCCGGAAAAGAUUUUGUCAGAGUCACAUUGUCUCUUCGUUUUGGCGGCAUUAUCGUCACAGCGAGGGACUUCACCUUUUACGACUGCACAGCUGUGAAGCAGCUUUCUGGCAGCAUGCCUUGCCAUGGUUGCGUUCUGAGCCAUUGGGGUUGUAACUGGUGUGUUCACCAGCACUUCUGUACCCACAAGCCCACGUGUGUCGAAGGGGUGAUCAUCUACAACCAGCAUUUUAAACUCCCCACUUCAGUUCCUCCCACAGCCAAAGUUGUUAAAGUCAACACAACACCCGCUACCACAGCUACUGCCCCUACAACCACCGUCACCACCACCACACCACCCCCAAAAACAACAAAGGCCAUAACAACAGCUGAAGCCCCUGUCACUGUAGCAGGCACUCAGGAGCCAACCACCCUUACCAUACCCACAACCCCAUCCACAUCAUCCACCCCUGAACAAACCACUCCAGCUCCACCCCCACCUCCUCAGCCUACCAGCACCCUGCCUCCUACCGCAGCAGCAGUUCCUGAGGUCACAACGUGGGAAGGCGAAGACCAGACUGAAGUUGAAGAGCUUGUUGUUGUUUCCCAACAUGACACCAAAGACUUUGUAGUUACCCCAAAAGACAUGGAGUUGGUUGUGGACACUGAGUCGGUGCAUAUAACCGCUGCAGUUGAUAGUCUGACUGGGACUCUGGACCCCCAGUUGCCCCUAAUGAUCCCACCACAUGAAGCAGAGAGUCCUUCCCUGGAGCUGGUGACAGGAGUACCCCUUGGAAUUACACAAGAAAUGGUGGAAAGUUUAGGCUUAGCAGAGCCCCCCACACAGACAACAUCUGACUUCGCUCUGCCCACUCCCUAUCCCCUGGGAGAGCCAGUUGACUCUGAGACAUCCCUGAAUCUGGACCGCUCUCAGACAUCCACCAAGCUCCCUCCACAAGACUCCCAGGUGCUGACUGAGGCAGGAAGUCUGAUUAAAGACCUUGAGAUACAUUUAGCUCUACAGGAGGAAAUGAACAGCCAUGUUGAUGUUCCCAUGCUGGCUGAAAAUGACACCGCUACCUUUUCAGCUGCAACAGUCCUUUCAGGUGAUGGUGAAGUUGACCACGCCCCUCACGCCUUUGCACAUCUCCUAGAUACCGAUUCAGAGUUCGACUACCAGUACGACUCAGCAGAUGCCUUCCUCCCGGGGGAUGAGGGCUCCUUUGUCAGCUGGGGUGCUUCAGCUUGUCCAUGUGUAGAAAAGGUCCAGGGUUCUCCUCUGUUACCUGUCAAAGUGGAGAGGAAAAUCACCCUACUGGCACGCAACUUGCACCUGUAUCAGGACAGAGAUUUGGACUACGAGUGUGUGCUGGUCAUUGAGGGGCAGACUGUGGUGGUGGACGCCUACGUGGAGGUUGAUGAGAUGAAUCCAUCCAUCUUUGACAUUACCUGUCAGCUGCACCAGUACAUAUACUCUGCUCCAGUGGAGGAAUACAACGCCAUGGUGUAUGUGAAGAGGAGAGACACCUUCCACGUGGACAGCACUCCCGAUCUGUACGUGACUCUGUACAACUGUUCUGUGGGCCGACUGGACUGCAGCCGCUGUCAUACUGCGGACCAGAAGUACGGUUGUGUUUGGUGCGGUGGCUCUCAGGCCAGCUGCUUGUAUUCGGACUCCUGCAGUGCUCCCGUACAGCAAACCUGCCCUGCCCCCGUCAUACAGUCUGUUGAGCCACUGUCUGGCCUUUUGGAAGGGGGCACCAUAGUGACCAUCACCGGUUCCAACCUGGGUCAGAAGGCAGAGGACAUUGUCCACUCUGUGUCAGUAGCCGGCGUUCCAUGCACAGUCAUUCCCAUUCUUUAUGAGGUCUCCUCCAGGAUUGUGUGCAGGACAAAAGCUAGUGGAGGAGAGAAAGUGGGCAAAGUGUCCGUUACAGUGAGCAGAGGACAAUUUGGGUUGUCCAGCCAGAGCUUCAGCUACCAGGACCCGUUCGUCAUGGGUGUAAUACCAGAACGAGGUCCCAAGGCCGGAGGAACAUCUCUGACCGUCACCGGACGAAACCUGCAGACGGGCCGUCCUGAUGACCUCAAGGUCACUGUAGGCGGGGUGCCCUGUCGCAUCGUGUCUGAGGUGCAGCCGUCCAGCGUGCACUGUGUGACAGGCAGUAGUAAUAAGACCGGAGAGCAGAGGGUCACUCUACAUUACGGCAGUAGUCAUCGUCACCUCCACAGCGCCUCCUACCACUACACACAUAACCCCAACAUCACCCAGGCUGCGCCCGCUAAGAGCUUCCUGGAUGGUGGUCGCCUGAUCUUUGUGUCGGGCCACAACCUGGACGUGGUGCAGGAGCCCCUGAUGGUGGUCACAGUCUCUCGCUUAGAGUUUGUGAGCCAGAACAAAGAAAGAAGAAGAGAAGAAGGAAGAGGAUGAGUGAGGAGGAGAAAGGAGAGGGUCGGGAAGUGGAUGGCAAGGUCGGUCAGGAUGGUACCUGACCCUGGCUGUCCUGGAGACCCACUCUGCUUUGUCAAACAGUUCACAGAACGGCGGUGAGGUGAACUCUUCCUCUCUGAUCUUGUUGCUCGUUCUCCCAUGGUGGACUCUUCUGUCUUGGAGUCAAAGGUCACUGUGGAGUUGCUGGACAACCUGUGUUUUGACUUCAACACCCUGAAUCCUCAGGGUUUCAGCUACAAGCCUAACCCCAUCCUGCACCCUCUGAACCAGCAGGAACCCCUGAAGGCGUACCGUUACAACCCUGGCAGCUUCAUCCACCUCGAGGGAGAUAAUUUGGACCUGGCCAUCACUAAAGACGAGGUAAUUGUCUUAGUUGGAGAGGGUGUGUGUGCUGUGAAGACUCUCACCAAAAACCAUCUGUACUGCGAACCGCCUGCCCAGCAGCCUGCACCUGGACCCAACAGCAAGAAACGUGAGGGCUCUGAUAACCUGCCUGAGUUCACCGUCCACAUGGGUAACCGAAACUUUUCCCUAGGCAAGGUCCAAUACGACAACCUGAGUUUGGCCACCUUUCCACUGGAGGCCCAGAUAGGAGUUGGGGUCGGGGCCUCCAUAGUUGCCCUCAUCGUCCUCAUCAUCGUGCUGAUCUAUAGAAGGAAAAGUAAGCAGGCUCUGAGGGACUACAAGAAAGUCCAGAUCCAACUGGAGAAUCUAGAAACCAGUGUGCGAGACCGCUGCAAGAAGGAGUUCACAGACCUGAUGACAGAGAUGAUGGACAUGUCAAGUGAUCUUGUCGGUUCGGGUAUCCCUUUCCUUGACUACCGAAUGUAUGCUGAACGCAUAUUCUUUCCUGGCCACCGGGAGUCACCACUGAGACGAGACCUGGAUGUUCAGGAAUGCCGCAGGCAGACUGUAGAGCAGGGCCUGGUGCAGCUGUCCAACCUGCUCAACAGUAAACUCUUCCUUACCAAGUUCAUUCACACUCUGGAGAGCCAGCGGACUUUCUCUCCCAGAGACCGGGCCUAUGUUGCAUCCCUACUGACAGUGGCGCUACAUGGAAAGCUGGAGUAUUUCACAGACAUCCUCAAAACCCUCCUGAAUGAUCGGGAGCAGUAUGUGGCCAAGAACCCAAAACUCAUGCUGCGGCGAACAGAGACUGUGGUGGAGAAGCUGCUGACCAACUGGAUGUCCAUCUGCCUCUAUGCUUUUCUCAGGGACUCAGCAGGGGAGCCUUUCUACAUGCUGUUCAGAGCCAUAAAGCAUCAGGUGGAUAAAGGUCCUGUGGACAUCGUCACAGGCAAAGCCAAGUACACCCUCAAUGACAACCGUCUACUUCGAGAGGACGUGGAGUACAAGACUCUGACUCUGAAUGUGCUGGUGCAGGGCGGUGGUGUGAACGAGUCCCAGCCGCUGCCUUCCAAAGUGUUGGACUGCGACACCAUUACACAAGUGAAAGAAAAACUGCUGGAUCAGGUGUACAAGGGAACUUCUUUCUCCCACCGGCCACACGCUGACUCACUGGACCUGGAGUGGAGGUCUGGUGUUGCUGGUCACCUUAUCCUGUCAGACGAGGAUCUGACAUCAGUGGUCCAGGGCAACUGGAAACGCCUCAACACGCUGCAACACUACAAGGUCCCAGAUGGUGCAACAGUGGCGCUGGUCCCUCGCCACACCAAACACAUUCACCAUGAUAACCAUGACUAUGUGGCAGGGGAAAAGACACCGAUGCUGGAGGAUGCUGAUGAAGGUGGAGUGAGGCUUUGGCAUCUGGUGAAGGCCAGUGAAGAGCCUGAACUCCCCAAACAUCGCCGAGGCAGUCUGAGGGAGCGAGAAAGGGCCAAGGCUAUCCCUGAAAUUUACCUGACCCGCCUCCUGUCCAUGAAGGGAACGUUGCAGAAGUUCGUGGACGAUCUGUUCACGGUGAUCCUCAGCACCAGUCGACCUGUCCCUCUGGCUGUUAAAUACUUCUUUGACCUGCUGGAUGACCAAGCGGGACAACACGGCAUCACCGACCCAGAGACCAUCCACAUUUGGAAGACCAACAGUCUGCCCCUGCGUUUCUGGAUCAACAUUGUGAAAAACCCUCAGUUUAUUUUUGACGUCCAGGCAUCAGACCAUGUGGACGCCGUCCUCUCAGUCAUCGCUCAGACCUUCAUGGACUCCUGCACCAUUGCUGAACACAAGCUGGGACGGGACUCUCCCAUCAACAAGCUGCUGUAUGCACGAGACAUUCCUCGUUACAAGCAGAUGGUAGAAAGGUACUAUGCUGAUAUCAGACAGACCAUCUCAGCCAGUGAUCAGGAGAUGAACUCUGCUCUGGCUGAACUGUCCAGGAACUACUCUGGAGAGUUGAACUACUUGGUGGCACUGCAUGAGUUGUACAAGUACAUCAACAAAUACUAUGACCAGAUCAUCACAGCGCUGGAGGAGGACACCACGGCUCAGAAGAUGCAGCUCGGCUACAGGCUUCAGCAGAUCGCUGCUGCUGUGGAGAAUAAAGUCACAGACUUGUGACAGCAAACACCACCUGGUGGAACCACAGCAAACAGGGCGGAGCUAAAUGAAGAGCUUUGUGCACUGCAGGUGGAGCUGAGAUGGCAACAUGUGGAAAGAUGCUCUGUUUGAGGAACUGCAGGAAGAAAAAACAGCUGUCUGGUUUUGGGCGAAAAGUACACAUUUUUUUCAUCAACAUGAAUUUUAUAAAUAAUUUUUGAAGUUCACACCCAGAACCUCCUGAUCAGUUUUUUUUUUUAUGUUAAGAAUUGAUUGAUCCUGUACACUAUGUGGAAGCAGAGGAGCCAAAAAUACGAAAACUACAACACAACAAACCCCUGAGCAGACACUGUGCCGGUUAACAAUAACUUUGUUCAGACUACUGGAGAACUUCUGAAUCUGUAUCUUUAUUCCACAGCCGUGAUAUGUUUGCCAGUGGUUCCACUGUUUGCUAACCUGAAGACUGACGUUAGGAUUUUGCGUCGACGUUUUCCCUCUGACUUGUGUGCUCAAUGCUGCUCUGUGAACAGCACCAUAUUUCUUUGUUAUUGUCCAGAGUGUCACAUCUUCUGUUUGGUUGUUAGUACAAAAUAACGGACAGAUUAUUUAUUGUAAUAACAUUUCUGAUAUUUUGAGUAGUCGUCGUCUGUGGUAUUUUAAAAACAGGCGGUUGAUCUUCAGGCUGAUUUUGUGUCUGUAAAGCAGUAACUGGUCAGAGUGUUUGUCUGGUAAACAACUGCGUCUGUUAGCUUCACUCAUCACUCAGCCGUUUGCAGGAGCAGCAGCUGGUACGUGCAUGCGCACAUGCACGCACAGUGGAUUCAGGCCCUGCUCCCUCGCUCACUCCUCUGCUCCGUGAAGCUGCUGAUUGGAGCAUUUUUAAGAAACUUAAAUCUGACCGUUUUACACUCAUUCGUGUUUAUGUCUGUUGUCUGAAAGUCAGCGGACAGACCAAACAAAAGUCUUCCAUCAAGACUGUUGUCUGCGUGAAGUAUGUUUCUGGUGCACGCCACGGCAACUUGUGUUGUUUGUGCAUGUUCUUUUCUCGGCUGUGGUUUAAGGUUACGAACACCACUGCUACUUUGGUACGUGAUGUAAAAUUGUGGAUGCACAGUUCUGGUACGAGACACAAGGUGUCGCUGUUGGUGCCGCACUUCUGCUGAGACGUUUGACAUUGAUUAUUAUUGAUUCUGGCUGAUAAGGCUUCCCUGACACUUUCCACAUACAAACCCAUGUGUGUGUGA